AUGUCAACCGAUUUUUCUUGUUUCCUUUAUGGUACUCUGAUUUUUCCUGAAGUUAUUGGGCGCAUACUUAGUGAUGGUGGUAAAGAAAAAAUCACUGUUGAUCUUAAUUCCGGUGCUCCAGCUGUUUUGAAGGGAUAUAAACGUUAUCAAGUUCAUGGUGCUUGGUAUCCGGCCAUAAUAAAAAGUAAUGAAAAUGAUGAAACAAAAGGUGUUUUUCUUAAAGGUCUUUCCUAUAAUGAUAUUUUGAAACUCGAUGAUUUUGAGGGUGAUCAAUAUAAAAGAAUAGAUGUUAAAGUGUUCGUUGGCGAUUCUUUGGAUCCUAUACCUGCUCAAACUUAUGUUUGG